AUGGAUUUUAUUUUUUGUUCUGCCCAGCUGUGCUUUGCGCGCCGUGAUUGUUUUCAACAGAUCUUUGAUGUAGAUGUGGUCGUUGCAAUGAAUAUGAAAACCCGGCAAACCGUG